UCUUAUUGAAUUUUUUAAUAUCAUUAAAUGGAUAAAGAUCCACAUUCUGUUAUUAUAAAUGUAUCUAAACAAAGAAGAUUUUCAGUGGAGGAAAAAAAGGAGAAAAUUAGAAACUUUUCAGCCGUAACUCCGAAAAGGACACAUAAUCGAGUUGUAUCGAAACCAUCAGAAGCAACCUUGAAAGUAUACGCCAUACCCGAAAAUAAGCCACUGCCGGUUUUUCAACUUAAAAACGAUAGCACCUUUCUUUCUUAUAAGUUUUAUUCAAAAAUACAAGACUAUCAUAGACAUAGGAAACAACUCGCAAUACCUAUUCAGAAUAAACAUAAAAUCCUAAGUACUGAUUACCGACAAAGAUUACAUGUUGAUUUUUCAACUGAAAAAAUAAAGACCAUUUUAGAUAUUGAUGAAGAUUUUUAUAAAUGUAUUAACGGACGUAUAUUUAAACAUGAACAGGGUGCACAGUAUAAAUCCUUGAAGAUAAAUUUUAACGAAAAGUUACAUAUAAAACAGCAAGUCGGUCAUAUAAGAGACUGCGCUUUGAACAUAGAGCUAAAUCAGAAAAAGGAGUUGGAAAUCUAUAACAAUGCUUUACGUCAAGUAACAGAUCAAGCGAAGUAUUUUGACCAAUUCAUUUCGGAAGAUUACAGGAAAUCUAUGAUUUUGUUGGAACAGGGCGAUAAACUAAUUGCAGAAGUUGAUAAAAUUAAAACGGAGCUACAGAAUUUGGCCGGAGAAACAUUUUUUAUUACUUCUAAACUUAUCGGACUGGAUUAUAGGUACGGUUUGCUGCAAAAGUAUGGACGAUUUUUAUAUUAUUUAUCACCUCCGUCCUGGAGAGCGGGUAACAGAGAUUUUGCGAGAUCUGUAGAAAUCGAGGCUAAAGGUUUUGACUUAGGAGUUUCUAGCGAAGAAGAUACUUUUACGGUGAUUUAUGAAAAAUUGCGUAAAGAAUGCCUUAAGUUUGUUAAACCGGCAUUGUAUUUUACUGAACCUAAACAUUUAAUGGAUGUGUUCGAAAGAAUCGAACAACAACAACUGAAUCACUUCACUCAUGUAUCUCAUUUUUCUCCAUACACGAAGAUGUUAAACGAAAGUAUUAAACGUUUAGAAGAUAACGUAGCUGAAGAGAGUGUACUAGUAUCUGAAACAAUAACGUAUUUUAAAGAGCUCGUAGAGUUCAGUGAACAGAGAUGUUUAUUUCUGGAGCAGAAAUUUUUCAAAAUACUACAUGGUUUAUUUUAUGAAAGCGUUGGGACAAAAGAUGUUUUAAAGUUGUUUUUCCAUCUCGAGUUUUGUUAUGAGAAAGUUUAUGCAGAGAAGCCUAUCAAUAAAGAUAUGAUAGCUGUUGCAGAAUCAUUGGAAGCUUUUUACUUGGAUUAUUCGAAGCGAUUAGAUGCACUGCGAAGUGAAGCUGUGGAUCGCGCGGUAAAUAUUUGCUUAGAAACAGAAAGGAGUCAAGCUAGAAAUGCUAUUAAAGCGGCGAAAGAGCUGAGACUUUUCAAUCAAUUGGAGAGGAACUUGCUUCGUGCACAUGGACUACCACCAAAAAUUACUCCUCCUGUUUUACCUAUUACACAAAUUAAACAAGCGAAAAAAUCUUCGAAACCAGGCCCGAAUUUUAAAGAAUAG